UGGGUUUGGAUACAUGUGAAUAUUUUUUUAUAUUCUUUUUAAUUUUAUUAUCUGCACUACAAAAGGUGGAAUUAUGAAUCGGACAGAAAUAAUGUAUAUGGAGAUCGGCUGCUUCCUCUGCUGUUUUUGUGGCUGGGUACUGAACUGCUCCACUCUCCCCACUGAGUACUGGAACUUUUCAGAAGUGGGAGACGCUGUCGUGACCACAGUUAAUUAUUUCUCUAACCUGUGGAUGGACUGUGUUUCUGACACCACUGGAGUUUCUGACUGCAAGUAUUACCCCUCCAUGAUGGCACUGCCAGUUUUCCUGCACGUGUGCCGUGCUCUGACUAUAGUCUCAGUAAUCCUGGGGUUCUGGGGGGCUGUGUUGACCCUGAUUGGAAUGAAAUGCACUAAGAUUGGGGGCUCUGAACUCGCCAACGCCAGGGUGAUGUUUGCAGCAGCCCUUACCUACCUAGCAUCAGGGUUCAGUGGUAUGGUGGUGUAUUCCUGGUGGGGGCAUAAAACACGAGCUCAAUAUGUGGAUCAAAACUACAAACCGCAGAAAUUUGAAAUAGGUGCAGCAGUGUUCAUAGGCUGGGGAGGGUCGUCUCUGAUCAUCGCAGGAAGUGCUGUCAUGUGUUACUUCUCUGGAAAAGAGGGACUUCGCUCCAGUUCAAACAGGAGUCAGACGCCGACAGAGUCUUACAUCACAGCCACGUCCAGAGGUGGGUAUUUAACGGCUCCAACCAGAACCAUCUAUAUGAAGCCCGCCUCCUCCAGACACACCACCGUCAUCCUGCCGUCCAGAGUCCAAACAAGCCUGGAGAACAAGAGACUGAUACGACCACAAAGACCACAAACAGAAAUGCACAGAACCCACAACAACCGGAUAAACAGAACCUCAGCGCCUACGAACAUGGACUCAUACGUUUAACUGUGUUUAACUGCUGGAAGACUGAGAUGCACAAAGACGGAGAGAUAUGAGAUACGAUGGACGAGUUUAACAAUGUCACAAAAGCUUCUCGUCAGCGUUUUCCAUGUUUAUCCUGGACAGUUAUGGAUACAGAUCACUGAAUGCACCUUUCUGUAGUCAGAGUUUUAACCAUAUUUGGCACUCUGGGUCUCAAUAAGCUUGAUUUUCAAUGGCAAAAAUGUAAUUGGUUCCAGAUGGGGUUGCUGAGUGGUCCAGCAGUCUAAAUAAAGUGCUGUCAUGGUCAUGUAGCUUGCCAUCAGCUGCCAGAGCCCCGAGAGAGCACAAUUGACCUUGCUCUAUCUGGGUGUGUACAGUAGAUGACGGUCUUUUCCCUCAUUACUCCUAGGGUGAUGUGGAUCAGCACAAGACGUCUGUGAGCUGUUGUAUUGGUUUCAUGAUCAACAGAAAAAUGCCCAUACGACAAAAUGCAUCAGCUUUGGAACAUAGAACCACAGGUUUGUAUUACAGGUCAUUUUCUGGUUGGGGAAAGACUUUUAGACCUUUUUUAGUCCAAACAUGGGAACAUAUCUGGAUCAGUAUGGCUCUGACUAGAAAAUUAUGCCACAUAAAAUAAGUGAGCGACACCAUAUAGCAUGUAUUAUAACAGUCGUGAAAACUGUUAAAAACACUUUACUCUGUAUCUCCAAUUUACUACAGUUUGACUGUCCCUUCCAAAACAGCUGUGAAGUAUUACAGUGAUAUGAAAAAGUUUUUUGAUAAAUAUAUCAUAUAACAGAUGAACACAGUGAUAUUUGAGAAGUGAAAUGAGGUUAUAGGAAAGUUUUUACAGAGAUUAACUUACUAAACAAAAAGUGCUAAAAAUAUUCAAAUCAAUAAACGACAAGGGUGUGCAAAUUUAUGCACCUUCCUAAUUUAGUUUAAAGAAUUAUUGCACACUGUAAAUCCUAUAAACUUUAUUCCACUACCCAAAUAUCACUGUGUUCAUCUGCUAAAUGAUAUAUUUAACUGAAAUGUCUGAUCCCAACAAAUAAUGAUUUAUAAAGGAAAAUCAUGAAAAUGAUCAGGGGUGCCCAAAUGUUUUCAUACUACUGUAUAAAACAACAAGACUGUCAUUCUGUUGAUGUGUUUUAACCUGUCAUUUAUUCCUCUGUAAAUAAACUGCUCAUUUUAAGAA